AUGCUGAGUGGAGCUAGACUAGAACAAAAGUUCUGGGCUGAAGCUGUAGCCACUGCCUGCUACCUGAUAAACAGGUCUCGUACAUCAGCUUUUGUUGAUAAGACGCCAAUGGAAGCGUGGUCAGGCGACAAGCCUUCACUUAGACAUCUGAGAGUGUUCAGUUCAUCUGCCCCUUCUGUCAUGGAUGGUUUUGCCAUAGAGGGUGCAGGUAAGGGCGUUUCCUCCUGCCCCAGGGCUGAUGGUAUUCUGCACAACUUAAGGGGUACUGGCAUGGUGCCCAAUGAUGAUUCUAUUGGACAGGGUGUCCGGAGGUCCCGACUCGACAGACAACAGUUUAGUGGUUUUAUCCCUGUUGCUAAUGGCAUCAUUGUUAAUCUGAAAGAUGAUACCACAAAGGAAAUCAUUUAUAAUGUUUCUAUUCUCUUUUUGCAUGGUAUGAUCUCUUCGUUUCAAGGUUUGUGA